GACGCCACGCAGCUGGCCACGCGCCUGGUGGCAAAUUACGGGAUGAGCGAGCUGGGCAUCACCACGUAUGCGCCCGUGCCGCAGCGCCCCGGCUCGGUGCAGAAGACGUUUGAGGUCAACGUGGAGAGCAUCGACGCCGACCUCUUUGGCUCCAGCAUCCGCGGCGGCGGCUUCCAGCCCUCGGACGAGACGCGGCACAGGAUGCGCGCCGCGGUGCACUCGCUGCUGGUGGAGGCAUACAACCGCAACCUGUACGACCUGCAGGCGCACAAGGCGGCGCUGCUGGCGGCGGCGGACGCCAUCCUGGGCCAGGAGACGCUGACGG